AGUCUGCCCCCUGGUUUCAAGGUUUUUGGUUUUCCCCUCCACCUUGUUUAUGAACUUCUUGGUGAGCAGAGAUCAUAGAAUUACUUUGUUAUCCCCCACAGUUUUUCUCUUGGGAUGCCGCUUUGAGACCAGUGGGUGGAGCGCAGAUGUCCUGAAAUGGGAGCUUGGUCUAGCAACCAAGUCUGACCCAGCUUUCUCCUUUACUUUCAGUUGAGCUGUGAAUAUUUUCCUGUUUCUCAGAAGUGCAGUGUGCACUUCUGCAUCCAGGGAGUCAGCCCUCCAGGAGUUAACUCCAUCUCUGAAUUCCAUUGGAUAGCCGGGAGUGUCUGAGGAAAUGCCAAGGAUAUCUCAUGGGAAGGGGGGUGUUAGCUUCUGACUCGUCCUUAGUUUGCCUUCUGUUCCCUCACCAAGUGUACUUUAGAAUAUCGAGUGAGAAAUAUAGGGAUAAAAAUGGGCAGGACACAAUCACUAAUGCUACAGGCAAGGCACAGAUUUUCUGUGGGAGCCAGAGACAGAGAUCCUGCUUGUUCACCAGCUUAAGGGCGGCCUAACAUCUUCUUUAUUCCCAGUCAGGGCCCCCGUGUAAAGUUUUCCCCUUGUGCCUGGCCAGUCAUAAGAGAACGCACAAAACUGACAAAUGCAUCAAUUUACAUGCCUUUCAGAGGAAUAACAAAAUUCCUCUGUGGACCAUUUUAUGUCCGAAUGACUCUGUGGAAUGAUAGGGCCAUUCAGAUCCGUGGAUUUCAGAGCAUUUCAGUAACAGUAUUAGCCUCUGGGAGCAGGCUGACUUACAGAUAUGAAGUGAAGCCUUUUCACUGCAGUUCACAAACCGCAAAUCCCCUCCCCUCGCCCCUAGGCGUGCAGCAUCCCUCAAGGGGCCGCACGGCCAAAGCUCUGAUUGGUCAGGCAGGAGAAAAACCCUUGCUUUGGCCGCUGGGGGGGCUCCAACUACAGUACCCAGAAAGUCCUGCGCGGAGUUCAGCCAGUGGAAGAACUUCCGCGGGAAUACGCCUCAUGGGGGCGGGACUUCCGGCCUCCUCCUUGUGGCGGCCAUUUUGCUGCUCUCGGGCGUGCCGGGGCGGGACCGAAGUGACGGAACUGUCAAGGCGCAGAAGUCGUUGUCCCCACGGCAGAGAGGCGGGUCCGCGGCUGGCGACACCGCCCGGACUGCCCCUCGCGGGGGCCGGGAGGGGGACCGCCGGUCCACGUGUCCACUCCGUCCAUAGAGUCCGAUGGCGGCGGUCGCGCCCAGGGACCCGGCUCAGGAUAGUGUGACCUUUGAGGACAUUGCUGUGUACUUCUCCUGGGAGGAGUGGAGGCUUCUUGAUGAGGCUCAGAGAUGCCUGUACCACGAUGUGAUGCUGGAGAACUUUACACUUGUAUCCUCACUGGGUUGCUGCUGUGGAGCAGAGAAUGAGGAGGCCCCCUUUGCACAGAGCGCUUCUGUAGGCGUUUCACAGACCUGGACGCCCAGGGCUGCUUUUUCUUCCCGGAAGACCCACCCCUGUGAGAUGUGCGGUCCCGUCUUGAGAGACAUUUUCCACUUGGCUGAGCUCCAGGGGAAAGAAAACAGCCAGAAACUGUUGAGGUGUGGGGCCUGCGGGAAACGAUUUUCUUUCAGUGUGAGGUUGGAGCAGCAGCAGCAGCAGGAGCAGCCUGCGGGAGCAAAACCAUUCAGAAGCCGUGUGGACAGGGCCUCUGCUGUCAAGAGCUGGGGAUCCGGUGGUUCGGGAAAGCCCUUUACCUGUGGAGAGGUUGAGAAGGACUUGCUGUCUGGCUCGGGGCAUCUGGGGCAAGAGGCCACUUGUACUGGGGAGAAGCCAAAGGAAAUCACCCAGUGCAGGGCAACAUUACAAAGCCGAAAAAGUCAUCACACCUGGGGAGAAUGCAAGAAUGCCUUCAGUCCCAAACACGCGCUUGUUCAGGACCACUGUUUUGUGUGCAGUGAAUGUGGGAAAACAUUCAGGUACAAAUCUUCAUUUGCCAUACACCAGAGAUACCAUACUGGAAAAAGACAUCAUGAGUUUGGUGAAUGCGGAAAAUCCCUUAGGCAGAGCUCUUCCCUCAGUCAACAUGGAAAGACUCACACUGGGUCCAGGCAAUACAAGUGCAGCAAAUGUGGGAAGUCCUUAAGCCACAGAUCUGUCCUCAUUCAACACCAGAGAUGGCACAAUGGAGAAAACAGUUAUGUAUGCAGUGAAUGUGCAGAAUCUUUUAACCGUGGCUCCGUGUUGAUACCUUGUGGAGUUCAAACUGGAGAAAGGCCUUUUAAGUGUAGUGACUGUGCAAAAUCUUUUACUUCUGUCUCUGCCCUCAGUUAUCAUCAGAGAUCUCACACAGGAGAAAGGCCUUAUGAAUGCAGUGAAUGUGGGAAAUCUUUUAUCUCUAGGUCUGAUCUCCGUUAUCAUCAGAGAGUUCAUUCUGGAGAAAGGCCUUACGAGUGCAGUGAAUGUGGGAAAUCUUUUAUCACUCGUACUGCUCUCCGUUAUCAUCACAGAGUUCACACUGGAGAAAGGCCUUAUGAGUGCAGUGAGUGUGGCAAGUCCUUUACCCGAAGAAAUAACCUCAUUAUACACCUAAGAGUUCACUCAGGUGAAAGACCAUAUGAGUGUAGUGAAUGUGGGAAAUCUUUUACCUUUAGCUCUAGCCUGCGUUACCACCACAGAGUUCACACUGGAGAAAGACCUUAUGAGUGUAGUGAAUGUAGGAAAUCGUUUAACAAUAGGUGGACGCUCAUUCGACACCGGAGAAUUCACACAGGAGAAAAGCCUUACGUGUGCAGUAAAUGUGGAAAAUCUUUUACCUGUAGCUCCACUCUCCAGUAUCAUCAUCGAGGUCACCUUGGAGAAAGACCUUAUGAGUGCAGUGAAUGUGGGAGGUCUUUUACCACUAGCUCUGCCCUCCGUUAUCACCAGAGAGUUCACACUGGAGAAAGGCCUUAUGAGUGCAAUGAAUGUGGGAAAUCCUUUAUUUCUAGGUCUGACCUCCAUUACCACCAUAGAGUUCAUUCUGGAGAAAGGCCUUAUGAGUGUAGUGAAUGUGGGAAAUCCUUUAUCCGAAGAAAUAACCUCAUUUUACAUCAGAGAGUUCACACAGGAGAAAGGCCUUACAAAUGUAGUGAAUGUGGGAAAUCUUUUAACAAUAGAUGGACACUCAUUCAACACCAGAGAGUUCACACAGGAGAAAAACCGUAUGUGUGCAGUGAGUGUGGGAAGUCUUUUACCUGUAGCUCCACACUCUGUUACCAUCAAAGAGUUCAUGAAGGUAAAAGACCUUAUGAGUGCAAUGAAUGUGGGAAAUCUUUUACCUCCAGUUCCACUCUCCGUUAUCAUCAGAGAGUUCACACAGGAGAAAGGCCUUACAAGUGCACUGAGUGUGGGAAAUCUUUUACCUUUAGUGCCAGCCUUCGUUAUCAUCACAGAGUUCACAGUGGAGAAAGGCCUUAUGAGUGCACUGAAUGUGGGAAAUCCUUUAAGGAUAGAUCACAAUUCAAUAAACACCGGAGAACUCACACGGGAGAAAGGCCUUAUGAAUGCAGUGAAUGUGGGAAGACAUUUAGCCAAAAAUCUUCCCUGUCAAUACACCAGAGAAUUCAUAAUAGUGAACGGUCUUAUGAAUGUAGUGCUUGUGGGAAAUCUUUCACAUCUAUAUCUGGCCUUGGUUAUCAUCAUAGAGUUCAUAGGGGAGAAAAGCCUUAUCAGUGCAGUGAAUGUGGGAAAUCUUUUACCAAUAGCUCAAUACUCAUUCGACACCAGAGGGUUCAUACAGGAGAAAGACCUUAUGUGUGCAGUGAAUGUGGAAAAUCUUUUACCAGUAGUGCUACCCUCUCUUACCAUCAGAGAGUUCAUGCAGGUAAAAGGCCUUAUGAGUGCAGUGAAUGUGGGAAGUCAUUUACCUCCAGUUCCACCCUUCGUUAUCAUCAGAGAGUUCAUGCAGGAGAUAGGCCUUACGGGUGUGGUGAAUGUGGGAAAUCUUUUAUCUCUAGCUCCAAACUACGCUAUCAUCAGAGAGUUCACACUGGAGAAAGGCCUUAUGAGUGCAGUGAGUGUGGGAAAUCCUUCAGGGAUAGUUCCCAAUUCAGUCAACACCGGAGAGGUCAUACUGGAGAAAGGCCUUAUGAGUGCAGUGAAUGUGGGAAGUUUUUUACACGGAAAUCUACCCUCUCUCAACAUCAAAGAGUUCACACUAGGGAAAGGCCUUAGGUUGCAGGGAAGGUGUAAUUUCCUAUUCACUAUAAGAACACUGCAGGGAACUCUGAGGAGCCAUCUGUCUGCCCUGAGUCUCAGACAGCUGAACGUGCACAGUAGGAUAAUCCAU